UAGUUCACCGUCGAUAUCUCGCGUUAGCCCGCAUCGCAUCUUGCAACAUAUGAUCCGUUCACAUAACCAUGGGCCCGGGAGGCACACCCACGUCAGCGGCGCGCGCCGGCGUUCCCCGAUGACGUCACGGUCUGACAAAUGACGUCACGAAGGGUCUCCGCGGACGGGCCGGUUUAUAACAGCCGCGCCGUCGCCUGUCCGUCAGUCAGUCGCAAACAGAGCAGUGAGCAGCGAGGAGGGCUGCCGUGUCACCGGGCGGACACGACACACACACACACGGAACUAUGAAGGUUCUGGCGCUAUCGUUGGCUGGCCUGGUGCUGGCACAUUCUGCCGUGGCUGCGCCGCAAAUCAGCGAGGACGCGGCGUUCGUGGCCUCCUUGAUGGGUGAGGAUCCGUCAGCCGCCGACCCGGCGAACCCCGGCGCCGCUCCCGACUGCACCGACGUCGGUAGUCUGAGCGACGCCGACUUCCUGGAGUCGCUGACGGGCGGCUGCGGGGGUCCGCCGCCGCCGCCGCCCAACGCCGUGCUGCGCUGCGAGCGCGACGAGUUCCUGUGCGUGCCCUACUUCCGCUGCAAUCAGUCCGACAUCGUCAGCGACCGGCUGGGCGUGUUCAACGUGCGCAUCAACGCGCAGCAGUUCGAGGCCGACCACGAGAUCCUGACGCACUCCGAGUGCCAGCGCUUCGGCGACGUGUGCUGCACCAACCCGCACCAGGGCGACCAGCUGGUCGAGGAGCCGUACGUGCCCAGCUGCGGACACCGAAACCCGGAUGGCCUGCGCGCGCGCAUCACCGGCUUCAAGGACCACGAGUCGCAGUUCGGCGAAAUCCCCUGGAUGGCGGCCGUGCUGCGCGUCGAGAACGUUGGCGGCGAGGACCGCAACUUCUUCGUUUGCGGUGGCUCGCUGAUCGACGAGCGCGCCGUGCUCACAGCCGCCCACUGCGUCGAAAAGCUGGGCCCGGACGCCCGGCUGCGCGUGCGACUCGGCGAGUGGGACACCCAGAACGACAACGAGCUGUUCCCGCACGUGGACGUCGACGUGGCGGACUUCAUCAUCCACGAGGACUUCAGCUCGCGGCGGCUCAACGACGACGUGGCGAUCCUGUUGCUGCGGGAGCCGGUGCCGCUGCAGCCGCACGUGGACACGCUGUGUCUGCCCGACCCGAAGCUGACCUACGACCCGACCGGCGUGCAGUGCGUGGCCACCGGCUGGGGCAAGGACGCCUUCGAGGGCGGCAAGUUCCAGACGGUGCUGAAGCAGGUGCCGCUGCCCCUGGUGGGCCACGCCGACUGCCAGGCGAGCCUGCGCACCACCCAGCUGCAGCGCUACUUCCGGCUCGACCCGUCCUUCCGGUGCGCCGGCGGCAUCGGCGGCGAGGACACCUGCACGGGCGACGGCGGCUCGCCGCUGGCCUGCGAGGACCCGCACAACCCGGGCCGCUACGUGCAGCUGGGCGUCGUGUCUUGGGGAAUCGGCUGCGGCCUGCCCGGCAUCCCGGGCGUCUACGCCGACGUCGUCCAGCAGGUCAAGUGGAUCCAGAAGCAGCUGCGGAAGCUGCCGCCGCUGCCGGCGCCCGCCGCCUGAGCGCAGGGCGAGAGUCUGCGAGUGAUGAGUCCGCGCCGGACAGGCUCUGACGACGCCCGGAGCGACUCCGCCCGUCCGGGCCGCUGCCCCCGGCCUGGAGUCGGGGCGCCAUGUGCUGUCCGUUCUCAGUGACGCGUGUUUACUGCGUCUGCAUGCUCGCCGGACGCCAGAUCGAGCUUGGUUGUGUUUGUAUGAAUAUUGAAUAUGUAUACUGUUGGCUGGUACAGUUUGCUGCUAUGAAGAUGACAAUAAACAUACGUGAACAAUGAA